AUGUACAUCGUGACACCCCACUCGAUGAUGACUGAGAACGCGAUGUUGCAUCAUCGAGUUCACAGCGCGCAACACGGUAAGAGCGGCGUGCUGCCGUCGUCACGUCUCACGUCUCUGGCCACCGUGUGCGGAUGCCUCGCGCUAGCAUUGGCUCUGGUCGCGUUGAUGCCGGCGAGCAAGGGUAGACUUGUGGUGAUGACCCUGUGGACGUGUGGUAUGGCGCACGAAACCGUGCGCACGUACUUGGCAGCACCGCCGCGCUGUGCGCUGUGCCGCUCUCCUCCACUGCGCCGCCACGCUGUCGUGCAUGGGACGGUCUAUGUCGCUCUGCUGUGGGUGUUCCUCCUCGUCUGGCUUGCCCAACCCGCCCGUGCCGCCUUCGCCUCAUCCUCGCUGAUCUCGUACUGCUCGGACUCAGGAGAUGAGAAAAUCAACUGCAAGAAGAAGAUGGUCGUGACGGUGACGGUUGAGGGAGGGCAGUUGCCGGAUGAGGAGUCCCUCCUUUUUCUCAACUCGGCAACGGAUAUGACGAUCAAGAACGGCACAGCCGUUCAGUUCUCGCCGAUACGCAUCACAACCAGCCGUAGCGCCGUGCGCUACCGCUACCCGCUUUUCUACGUGCAGAACUACAACGCGAAGCCGUACGAGGCGACGGUAAAGGGGAGUCUGCUGAAUCAGUGCAACGCGGACUUCGACACAAACACCGCGACGUGCGGGAUAGCCCACGACGCCGUGGGAAAGCCCAUUCCGUACUCGCAGGGUUUCUGCUGUGACUGCAGCAUGUGCCAGACGCUUGGCUUGUGCCUCCCCGACGCGCGCGCGAACGCGGGGUGCAACAUCUUUGACAGGUACACGACCGCCUCAUGCCUGCGCUUUACAAAGCGGUGGUACAGCGGGUACACGAUUGGCGGCUACGUGACGUGGUACACAGUGAACUUGACUUUGUCUCGCAACGUUUCUGUAAGCGGCGGCGCGGGCUCGGCUGAGAAGGUUGUGACACAGAAGGUUGUGAUGCAUCUCUCGCCGUCAAGCAACGGCGAGACGGCUGGUGAAGAAUGGGACGUGAUGGCUCGCGUCUUGGGCAACUAUGCCCCCAUCGUCCAACCCCUCGAUCUUACGUCGCGCAUGCUCUUUGCCCCAGCUAUCCCGCCCAACGACGAGCGAGUGCAGGCCGGGGCAGCGGAGUGGAUGCUGUUGCCAACCAACCUCGUCACUCUCGACGGGCGCGAGUGCGACAAGGUCGGCGUGUCCUACGAGGCCUUCGCCUCGCAAGGCAACAAGUGCAAUCUGCGCCCCGGCAGCUGUCUCAGCUCCCAGCUGGAGGACUACCGCACCACCGAUCUGGAGCGCAUCGCCUCCGGAAACAAGGGGCAGUACAUGGCCACCAGCUUUGGCGACUUCCACCUGGAGCGUGACGCUGUUGCGUCGCCGUACAUCUCCUACCGUGCCACCUCCCCCGCGGCGACGAUGCUGAGCAUCACCAUCAGCGCUGACGACCUCGAGUACACUGUCGGGCUCGCCAGCGGCAAGAUUGUCUCUGCUGAGCUCAACAAGCCCGUACUCGAGGCGAGCACAAAAGAUGGCGUCAUGACAGUGGUGGUGCGGAACGCAGCAUCGGUGACUGGGCGUGUCGUCGUUGGCACAUCGAGCUGCUCAGACGGUGUCUUUCCGAUAACGGCACAGACGCUCUCCCUUGCCGCGCAGCAGCAGUCCACCGUAGCCUUCAAUGUUUACAUGCAAGACUCCUACGCCUCCGAGAACGCCAGCUGCAUGGUGGUGCUGCGGAAUGCGCAGGAGGUCAUUACGGACCUUCGCACAGUGUCCUGGAAGGUGUCCUCGACGAGCUUCCACAACGGCACCCAGGGCGGCUCGGCGAACCCCGACGGCGGCACACCAGAGGCGUCCUCGGCUGCGUCGUGCUCGAAGUGCCGCACGCUUGAUGUUGCGUGUGCAGUGCAGCGACGGUGCUGGCAGCUCACUCUGCUGUACCUUUUUGUGUACCUGCUGCUCACCGCCGCGGUGAUGUGCGUGAUUUGGCUCCGGCACAUCUUCUGCUGCUGUUUUUACUUCCUGAACCGGCAACAUCGUCGCCACCACCCCAGCGGCAGCAGCGGAGUGGAGCCGAAGGAUGAGGCGAGCCGAUUGAGAAGCUGCUCGAAGGGGCACGACCGGAGUGGCGCCGCUAGCUUGUUUCGCCGGACUGACCGCGACAACAGCGACAGCGUCGACGCACCGCCGCGGACCGCGACACCAGCCAGUCCUAUACCACCUCCAGGACCGGCCAUGAUGUACAUUCCGACCUCGAUGUACUACGCGGCGUCGCCAACGGGAUCCUUUGCGCUUCCUCAGCACCUUCCGUCGCCACCAUCGGUGUUGCAACCGCCCACACCAAUGCCGCCGCUGGGGUGGUGCCCGUACAACAACGAGGGGACCGCCAUUCCAGAGGAGGACCUGCGUGCGGCGCAGGCCUUCCCGCCAUACUCCCCCAGCGGUAGCUUCGUCUCCGUGGCGCCGUCGGUCUGUUCAGCCAGUCGGCAUGGUGAAGAAUGGGGGGUGCGCGACAACGUGGAAUCCAUCUCCCCGCUUACCCCUUCGCGCUCCACACAAGAAGGCUCGCCGCAGAAUGAAGGCGACAACACCCCCCGCGCGUUUCGGCGCAGUUGGGCAUCGACACUGCCGCAGCCGCCACUUCCUGAGGUGCACGCACCGUACCUGUAG